AUGGCGGCCAACUCAAAUGCAGACUUUUGGCGUUGUAUCAACCUACUCAAACUACAGCUGCAAUCUUUGGAUAGAAUAGAUGCCAUACAGAAAUCAAGUGAUGAAGUAGACGAAAAAAGUAUUGUAAAACCUAAGACGUUAUCCAGAGAUGAAGCCAUCACCAAACUAGAAGAAAUUAUUCUGACGAUAGUUGAAGAUAUCUCUCAAAAUAAACCUCCUUCUCUGAAAUAUAACUGCAGAAAUUCAUGGAAGAACACAAGGUUUAACAGCGCAGUUGGAAUUGAAAUGAUUGAUGAUGUCAGCCUGACGGAACACAGAUUUGAUUCCAUAGCAUCAAUUGGAAAGUUUGCUGCAACACUAAGGGUCAUGGCAUUUUGCUACAACCUUCUCCAACAAGAUACAUAUGCAACAAAACGAGAUAUCUAUUACACUGAUGUUCCAUUCUUUGGGAAUCAGAGUGUUGUGGAUUCAAUCAUUGACAACAUUGCAUGCAUGCUGAAGGUGCCAAGACACUGUUUACAUGUGCUGGCUGCAUCUAAAGGUUGUAUUGCUGGAGACCUGAGAUACAGAGAACACGAUGGAGCAUAUGUAGAUUGCAACGAUAGUAACUCGGGAACAAUGGUGUCAUCUCACGUGCAGGGAAUUUACAAUUUACAUUCCGAUGCCAAAUUUGUGUUAGUUGUUGAAAAAGAAGCCUCCUUCCAGCGGUUGAUGGACGACAAUGUAUUACAGAGGUUACACCCGUGUAUUAUCAUCACUGGCAAAGGUUUCCCAGAUGUGAAUACCCGUAUGAUGGUCCGUCGAUUGUGGUGCACUCUCCAGAUACCUAUCUUAGCUCUUGUGGAUGCAGACCCUCAUGGUAUUGAGAUCCUCAGCGUGUACAAGUUUGGUUCAAAGGCCCUCUCGUUUGAUGCACACAGCUUAACCGUUCCUGUUUUAAAGUGGCUCGGCGUGUUGCCAAGUGACAUCACCAGGUUGUCUAUUCCGCAUGAUCAACUAAUACCGCUGACCGAACGAGACAAAUGCAAAGCACGUGAACUGCUUGACCGACCCCACAUUCAGUCCCAAGAAGUCUGGAAACAAGAGAUUAAGACCAUGUUAUCGCUGGGAUUCAAGGCAGAGAUUCAAGCUCUUUCCUCCAUCUCCUUCAAUUUUCUUUCAGAGACUUAUCUCCCUGUUAAGAUCAAGCAUGGCCGAUGGAUCUGA